AUGUACCACUACUCUAGUCCACCUCCCACUGGGUGGCCCUCGUUCGACUACAUGAACUCUCCCCCGACCUCUCCUCACUACGCCUACUAUGCGAACCAGUUCACCAACCCCUUUGUUUCGCCGCGAGGUCCGACGAAGCGCCAUGGCCGCAAGGCCAGCUACGCAGCGCCUCCGUCCGCAUACAGCCAUGGUUUCUACGGCGCAAUGCCCGAAUUUGGCACCCCGUCCAAGCACGAGAAUGUAAGUGCCUUUUUUGGUGGCAUUCCGCCCUCCUACUACCGUCGCAAAACCAUGUCCGGUGCUCCCGCUGGCAUCUAUGACUACGGUGCUGUCCCCUUCCCUCGACAGCAGUCAUCCCGGAAACGAUCUAUCUUUGUGGAUGUGGUCGAUGAUGGAUACGAUGAUAUGCCUCGAUACGCCUCCCGCGAGGAACCAAACAAGUCCCGCCGGCGCCCGUCAACGUCCCAACGGAAGCCAAAGCCAACAACCACUGAUCCUUUCUUUUCCUCUACCCAGGUCCCUGUUUUUGACGACAUUGAUGCCGCCAAACGGUCGCGCGCCCGUCGCCAGUCAACUUCCACCCGGAACCCGACCAAGCCGAAGCCCGCGACAGCGUCGAAACCCCCACCCAAGGCCACCGAGGAGGAUGCCGAGCGCGCAGGAAUCCCGCCAGGCUACUCAAUAAAGAACUGGGACCCGACCGAAGCGCCGAUUAUCCUGCUUGGCAGUGUGUUCGACGCCAACUCGCUCGGCAAGUGGAUCUACGACUGGACCGUUUUCCACCACGGCGCCUCAACUCCAAUGGCCGAUGUCGCAGGCGAACUCUGGCUAUUGCUAAUCAAACUUGCUGGUAAAGUAAAGAGGGCCGCGGAAUGUGUGGACCGGAUCAAGGACAUUGAUUCGCAAGAAACCGUGGAGGACUUUUUGGAAAGCGGGAAGCGGCUGUGGUCGCGCUUCAAGAAGCUGCUGAGGACGUGCGAGCAGUUCAUGUGGAAGGCCGCCAAGCGAGAAGGUGGCAAGUCGGUGUCGAUGGGCCGCAACGCAGGCUGUGAAUUUGUCGAGUCGAUCUUUGGUCGCGACCGUGAGUUGGAGAAUACGGAGAAGCUGAUGAAUAGUGUCCGUGUAUGGAAUAUGCGAUUUGACGCAAACUGCGACGACAUACUGCGCAAGCGAACCGCUUAG